AAUUCGCUAUUUGUAGCCGAAUCUGGCAACACUGCGUCCAUGUGGUGUCCAGUGUUGGGGAGCCCCGGGUCGUGCCGGGUCGGGUACACCAAGCCUGCCAGGUGUACCUAGGUUACUCUAGCCAAUGGGGUUGGAGCUAAAAUUUAAAAAUGCUGCUCAAAGCUUUCUCGAAGAUGUGGGGAUUACCGAAGCACACCCUCUCGUACCAAAAAGUUUCUACCUUGACACAGUUCCUGAAACGUCAUCUGACCUGCACAUGUGCCACUCGCAAUGUUUCUGAAGGAAUUGCAUAUUUUGGAAUCCACACACUGCAACAUAGUCAUCAAACAACAAAGUUCCCUUCAAAAAUAAGCUCGAAUACCCGUUGUCUUUUAUUUCAUAGGCUACAGUUGCAAUUAAUACGUAACAAUGUUCUCCAAAAAAGUGAGUGCUUGCUCCCUAAUAGAAGAACAAAUUAUGGGAUGGUAAAACAUUUUUGGCAUAUGCCUCAAGUCAGAAGAGUUCACACUAGUGUGCUAAGGCAGGAUAUUCCAGAGUACUUGCAGGGCAGCAUAAGUGAAGUGGCUAGUGUCGAUGAUGAUCUGUUCGAUGAUGAGAUGGAAAAUGUUCUCGCUAAUGACAUGGAAGACGACAUUGUCGACUUCUUAACUUCACAUCUUAUACCAUAUGAAGAGACAGACACAAGUUUCACUGUUCAGUGUCCCUCCUGCUCAACUAAAGAUAGUGAAACACGGGUCCAAGAGAUUUUUGUCGAUAAAAAUUCAGGCUACUUUGUGUGUCCAUGGUGCAAUCGAGAUGGACCCUGGGAGGAGCUGAUGCAUCUCCUAAAUUCUCGAGAAGAUUCUCUCACGAUAGAGCAACUUAAUGCGUACUUAGCAACUCUACUACCUAUUGCUGAUGUAGGAGAGGACAUCUUACGUGAUUCUCCACUUAAGAAUGUUAGUAUUUGUACCCUGAAGGAAUUUGGUGCAAGGGUUACAAGCGACGAAACUCGGGUAGUAGUGCCCAUUACCAACCGCCAAAGUGAAGUAGUUGGCUUUGAAAGUAUCUCCCUCCUUCACUACUUCCCUCAGAUUAUACGGAGGUAUGUUAUUGGCGAGCGGAAAGCCUUUGGGCUAGUAAAGAGAAGUAGGAGACAGCAGAAAGUGAUAGUGGUGCCAACCUCUUGUGAUGUCUUAGUCUUAGCUGAGCACAAUAUCUCUGCUGUUUCUCUUCCUUCUUCUGAUGCUGAAGCACUUGAAGAGUAUUUAAUCAAUUGUGGAAAGAAUGAGGUGGUAUUGUGGUACUGUGGAGAAGCUCCACCUCGGCCACUCCUCAUGUCUCUCCUUCAGGCAGGAGUAUCCUGUUCACUGGUUAAUUCAUCUAAUGAUGGUCCAGUGCAUACCAAGUCAUUAGAAGAAAUCCAGGCUGCUCUUAAAGAUACCAUCCCGGUCUUUUCAGAGACCGCCAUCACUUUCCAGCAACUUAAGGAUAAAAUCUAUCAGAGACUCACCAACAGGGAAGAGACUUAUGGUGUACCAUGGAAGAGAUUUUUAGACCUUAAUGCACUUCUACUGGGCCACCGACCAGGGGAAAUGACUGUAUUAACAGGCCCCACUGGUUCAGGCAAGACCACAUUUAUGGCAGAAUAUUCCCUUGAUCUCUGCAGUCAAGGGGUGAAAACAUUAUGGGGAAGCUUUGAAGUGAGCAUUGUACGACUGUGUGAAGUAAUGCUUCAGCAAUUUAGUGGAGCUCCUCUUCCACAAGACCUUGCUACUUUCAACAGGUUGGCUUCACAGUUCUCGAUGUUGCCUCUCCACUUCCUCACUUACCAUGGACAACACAGUACGACUUCUGUCAUAAAGGCCAUGACUGAGGCUGUUAAAGUAUGGGGAAUCCAGCAUGUGAUCAUUGACAACCUUCAGUUCAUGUUAGGCACAUCUGACCAACCAAUUGAUAGGUGGUGGGAGCAGGAUAAAACGGUUGCAGCCUUUCGACGUUUUGCAACAGUGAAUAAUUGUCAUGUUUCCUUAGUUGUACAUCCCAAGAAGGUUCCAGCAGGUCAACCGCUAAGCAUUGAAAGUGUGUUUGGUGGUGCAAAGGUUACACAAGAAGCUGACAAUGUUCUCAUCUUACAAGUAAAGGACGGCUUUACAAUCAACCAGUCCAAAAAAAUAUUACAGGUGGUGAAAAACCGGUAUGGUGGUCAGUUGGGGAUGGUGCCAUUAAAAUUCCACAAGGAUUCUCUUACGUUGUCUUCAUGUUUCCGUAAUAAGAAUAAAGAGAAGGCAUCUACAGAAAAUACGAAUAAAACACCUACUUUGCGCAAAUUUAACGUAAAGGGAAUUGCAACAUUUCAGAAUUAAAUACUGGAAUAAUACUAAAUUUGUAAUAUGGAUGUGCAGCGAACAAAAAAAAAUCAGGGGUAGUGCCAUUAUUUUAUAAUUUCAUAUAAUUUGGAAUUAAACAAGUUUUAGAAA